AUGUUACACAUAAAUUGUUGCUUUUUAUUCGUUUCGUCUGUUGUUAUUCUGAUUAUUUUACCACUCAUCGGCUCAAAUCCAGUUCAAGUACGAAAUUCAUUGAUAUCCAGAUUCAAACGAACUAAAUACAACCAAAUGGUUACAUCUUGCUACAUUUAUGAUUAUUCAACAUGGUUACAACAAAGACAUGAAUUCAUGAUAUGGCUCGAAUUUGCUGCAUUACUCCAAUUACCGUUUCAUAAAAAUACGGAAAUUCAACGGAAAAUCAAACUAUAUAAUCUUCAAGAUGAAUGUUUACGUAUUAUUGAACGUCUACCUUUGAACUUUGGUCCGGGAUAA